AUGACGGCACACACGCGAGAAGAGGGAAGAAGAGGAGCGUUAGAAUCUGGUUCCCUCGCUUUUGCUUUUAGUUUGAGUUAGUGCUUUGCUCCCAGGGCUUUGGCGCCAAGAGGAGAACAAUUCCAAGAUGAUGUCCGGGCCGAAGCUGGUGAAUAAACAAUUCAACUCUCCGAUCAAUCUGUACUCGCCGCAAGCGAUUCAAGAAACGCUGGAUCGUCAAACACAAGUCUUGUCCAAUGGAGCAGUCGGAAUCGACUUCAAACAGUUGGCAAAGCCGACGAAUUUACAGAACAGCGCGGUCCUGAGGAUGCUCGAAGAAGAGGAGGAGAGGAAACGAGCAGGAAAAGCGGGUCUGAAGAGAGUCGCCUGGCCACCGCCACCAGAGGACGGAGACUACAUCGACUUCGUCGAGCAGGCUCCGGUACAAGCUAAGACCCGUGGCGUGGGAGAGUACGCGACGUACCAGAGCAAGAGCCCGACGCCGCAGCCGCAGCCGCAGCAGCAGCAGCAGCAGCAGCAGGAGCAGCGCGCGAGCUGCGGGCUGAGACAACCGUCGCAGUUUCAUAUACAGCCGACGUUGGCCAAAACCUGGGCGCCGGUGACAAUAGCUCCGACCGCUGGACAGCCGAAAGCCCAUCAGGCCGCCAGUCCGUCGCCGAGUCAGACUCCCCCGACUCUCGGCACGUGGAGCGACAAGCCGUCGCCGGGCAGCUGGAACAGCCCACAGCCGGGUCAGGAAACGAUAAUUCCGGUGCAGAUAGAGAGCCAGCAGCAGAGCCAAGCGCCGAGCAGCUUCGUCGAGCCACCGGCUUCGAUAAUAACGCUCAGAGCGGAGCCACCGAUUUCCCAGGAGUCGGCUCCGGUGUACCUGGCCCAGCCUGCGGCGAUAAACCCGACGAGCGGCAGCAUGCGCGGCGACCAGAAGUGGCCACCGGCCUCGGUCAAGGAGCAGACGGAGGCGGAGAACAGGGCGCGCAUCGAGCUGGCCAAGGGGCCCGUCUUCCGGCCCCGACGAGCCAACAAGGACUAUAGCGGAUUCUUCGCCCAGCACGCGAGCACGAACAAUUACCCGGGAUACCGGGCCCCACCCGGCACGCAGUACUUCACGCCUGCCUACCAGCACUGAAACCUGCGAAAGCGAAACGGCAUCGGGCGACCAGCAAGAAAACACACUCACACACGCGCGCACGUUUAUAUACACUAACACACGCGAUCUUCGACCUCGAUUUAUUUUUACAAUACGACUAACGAACACGACUCCUCCGAAGCCAAAGACAUCCAUCUGUGUUAUAAUAUGUACUUAUAUAUAUUAACCAUGUCGAUUUCUCUGUAAAUUGUUUUUUCAUCUCUGUCAAGUAUUUAUUGUUCCUUGUCUAGCGCUUUAAAUAAAGUUGACACUGAAGAGGAGACAAAAGGCUCAAACAACAAUCACCACACUCGACUUUAUUAAAGAA